GGUGUUCCAUGGCACUCCCAUCUUUUGUCGGUCAGGAUUAGCGCCGUGGUAACGCUGGUCUCUGGGGAGCUGAGGUUCCCAGAGCUGUGGGAUGGGGGCCACAAACACUACUGCUGCUGAUGAGAGAGAGUUCGGAUCAAUGGACUCAAACUCGUUAUUAUACGCUAUGGAGCUCGUAGCAGGAAGCGGCCACACUCUGACUGUGGAGGAAAAGACUGUCCUGUGCACUUCGCUGGUGAUUCUGAAGAAAAAUUUUAAAUUUAAUAGAGUCUUAUUUUGGGGUAAAAUAUUAGGAUUCAAAAACGACUAUUUUAUUGCUCAAGGGCGAGGAGAAGACGAGAUGCAAGACCAGAAGUACCUGUACAGCUUCAACUGCAUGGACUGGUACCUGCUUCCCCCAGCCACUGACUCUAUGAUCCAGGAGGUGUUCAAAGCUGCCAAAGGUCGCUUCAUGGGUGACCCCUCUUAUGUUUAUGAGGAUGUUGAGAUUCAGAGAAAAGGGGAAGGUGAAGAGGCUAUAGCAGAGGAAAUAGUGAUUAAAGUGACAGAGGAAAACAGACUGGCAGCAACAGUUUAUCAAAUUGAUCAGGAAGUGUCUGUGGUUCCAAGGGGCGCUUUUAUCAAAAGUCCACAUGAGCUGGUGCAAGUAAAUCUCAGCUUUGGGGGCCUGACUUAUUCAGAAGCUGGAAAACUGGACAAUUUCCUGCAUUUCACUAAAAAGAAGAAUAUGAAGAAAAAAUCUAUACUGGAAAUGGCUGAUCUGAACCCAGUGAUGGACUUCAUGGAUCUACUGAGUGAUGAUAUUCCCAAAGGCUCGUGGCACUUGCGGUUUGAAUGCGCCAACCGUGUGUGUGUGAUCCGGAGUCAUCUAUGGCUUGGGCUGACCUUCUACCACAUCCCAAUGACCCCACAGCACGGAUACAUCUACAUUGGAGAUGGGACAAGAAACCUGGACCUGCCUUUUAUGCUUUAAAG